AUGGAUCACCUCCUCCACCUCGACACCGAUGUCGUGUGCAUGCUCUCGAAGCUCAAUUCCUACGACUACAUCAUCGUAGGAAGCGGCUUUGGCGGUGGCCCCCUAGCCGAAGUCCUGGCCCAAAAGGAAAAAAAAGUCCUGCUGAUCGAACGCGGCGGCGUCAUCUUCUCCACCCACGUCCUCAACACGUCGCGCCCUUACUUCAGCCGCGGCGCCAGCAACUCGCCCGAGGGCAACGAGCGCGUCUACGACGCCGUCAAGGCCAAGGUGCAGUGCACCGACACCUCCGACGCCUACAUCGGGGGCCCCGUCUACUGCGUCGGCGGCCGCUCCAACCUCUGGGGCAUCUGGACCCCGGAGGUCGGCGAGGACACCCUCGAGAAGUAUUUCCACAAGGACAUCCACACCUACCUGAAGACCGGGGGGGGUUACAAGAAGGCCUUUAACUUCCUCACCGACAACUCCCAGACGGAUGUCAUCUAUCCCAAGGGUGACAACAGCGAGUACGAGGUCAGCGCCACGGAGAUCAGUGCCGUUGAGGCCAAGCUCAAGACGGCCAUGCCCGGUGCCGCGUUCGACCUCAUGCCCGUCGCCGCGCAGUUCAACGCCCCUGCCCCUUACAAGUUCUCUCAGGGUGCUUAUAGUACGACUCUGGCCAUCAUAAACCGCAUGUAUGCCAAUGACCCGUAUCUGACCGUUCUCCUGAACACGGAGGUUCUUGCGGUCGAUCACGAGGACGUUGGAAAUCAACAGAAAAAGGUCAAGUCCCUGAAGAUCCGAGACCCCAACACCAAGACGAUCAAAGACCUGGACGUCGGAAACGCCAAAGUCAUCCUCUCGGCCGGCACCAUCGGCACGGCCUCCAUCGCCCUCAACAGCGGCCUGCAGCUCCUGAACCCCCUGGUGGGCAAGGGCAUCAUCGACCACGACGUCUGCUACGUGCGCUUCGCCAAGGAGAAGGACGCCGGCGUCACCUCCAAGCCCGUGAACCUGAAAACCCACAUCAAGGUCGGCGGCGAGGAGUGCCUCGUCACCGUGACCAUCAACGCCAACUUCUUCCUCGCGGGCAGUUCCGCCCUCAUCGAGACCUCGCACUACUACAGCAGUGACGGCCAACUGCUCAACCCGCAGAAGCAGGCCCGCCAGCAGCAGAACUUCGACACCAUCUGCAUCCUGUUCGAGUUCGUCGGGCCCCUCCAGGACGGGAACGCCGUGCUCAAUACCCCCGGCCUCGAUCCGGUCCUCGAUGUCAGGCGGCCGCCUAUCAAGCCCGCGGUGCAGCUUGAGAUGGAACAAAUCAUCCACCGUGUGAGGGAGGUUUUCAUCAACCCGACGAUCAACGCGGAGUCUCCCGACUCGGUCAUCCGGCCCCAGAACCUUGGGUUCGGCGUCUUCUCCCACGAGAGCGGCACCAUGCGUAUGGAAGGUCCCAAGAGCCCCGGGGUGGUGGACACCAACCUCAAGUUCAAGGGGAUGGAGAAUCUGUGGGUGUGCGACUUGUCGGCCAUGCCGGUCUGUCCGGAGGCUAACCCGUCUUUGACGUUGGCGGCGCUGUCGUUGAGAUUGGCGGAGCACUUGACGACAGCGUCGGGACAACACUGA